GUUUUAUCUCAUUCAUACCUAAAACUCCUAAAUUUUCCCUUUCUUUGAUGCAAGUGGCGGUGCACAAUUUUUCAGUUCCUUUUCCUCUGCUAAGCCCCCCAGUUGCCUUAUUAAGAAAUCAUCUGCCAAUCGAUUUCAACUCUAUCCAUCCAAUUGAACCAGCUGUUUUGUUUUCCUCCCUUUAUUCUGUUGAUAACUUCAUUUUCCAGAUGUAUUUGGUUCGUCCUUUUUUUCCAUUUAAUUCGACUUUUUGACGCUUCCAUUUGUCAAUGGCAGUUUGCUUUUUGCAUCCGUCUGAAAUCUUGCAUAUUGGAUUUAAAUUGGACACAUUUUGGAUACAAUUUCCCCACUAAAUUGACAGAAAGUUGAGAAGCCGUUUUCUUUGUAAAAUCUGGAUAUUAGCUUAAAAAGAGAACAAAAAUGGUACCGAAAGAAAGGAAUAAUUUGAUUAGUAUUUAUUUCCCGCAUAGUUUAUCAUCUUGCCUUUUGAAAUUCUGAGCAUUCAUUUCCAGGUUUGCUGCAAAUGGUAUUUGACCUGUUAGCCCUAUUUAUUACCGAAACAAAAUUGCCCAAUUUUGAUUCAAUCAGUAAGCAUUUGUUCCCCGUUUUUCCGACUUCCCGUCGGCUCAUCAAUCAAUAAGUGGACCAGUUAUUGAGACUCCCUCUGAGUGAUCAAGGAAGGGUGGAGUUAGGGGGCUAUUCUCAUGACAAAUAUGACGAAUUUUAUGCCAAUUUCUUUCCCUGAAACGAUUUUGCAGCUCCCAUUUGUUUCAAAUUUUCAAAUGGUGAAUUCUGAUUGGCUUACAUAAUUUUCGGCAGUCGGUCAUUCUGUUCUGGCACGAGAGAUCCCCCGUGGAAUUACUCCUCAAUUUAAGCGUGCGUUUCAACGCCGCCAUUCACCGCUAAUUUAUUCAAUCUUCAUAUAUAAUUGCACAACGGCACCGGAAGAUUUUUGACUAAAGCUAACUAGUUUUCAUACCAUCUGCGGCAGAAGAAAAGACUUCGUUGUGAUUGUUUGAUCACUUGAUUUUAAUCAUUCAGCCAUAUUCAAAUAAUUACUGCCCUUGUUCCAAUUUCAAAGAAAAGAAUGUCUAGCAAAAUCUUUUCCAAAAAUAUUGCAGAAAGUUUCCAAGGAGCAGUUGUGAACCUCCCUUCAAAAUUCUAAACUGAGAUGUUUUUACGCUUUAUCCAUUCCCAUUGGUAUUUAUGAGUAGAAUUGGAACUUCUUAAGUUUCGGAAAUCAAAACUUAUUUUAGUUAUCAAUUACUAAAAAAGCAGCAAUUACUAAAACAAUAUCAAACAACAAAACAGCUGACAUUAGAUGGAAAAAAGGGAGUCCUCGUCUGUUGCUGUUGAUGGUAAUGACGUUGGUGGCGUCUCAUUAAUGUCGAGACUGUCAGCAGCUGGACAACUGGAUAGCGUCGUCGGAACUAUGCAUAUAGUGUCAAUAACACUCAACACCAUCAGUUUGUUGUUGCUGCCGCGAGUGAGUAGAGUGACCAGCAGUGAGAUCGUCAUCCUGAUGGGCACCCUCCUGUUCCUCUGUGUGGGGGGAGACAUACUUCUUGUGUUGCACUCCUUCUCUCUGCUAAGUGGCACUGAGAGUAGUAACUUCGUGGCCAUGAGUUGUCUCCAUGUCCCCAUCUUCUACAACCUCUUCCUACCAGCCAUACUUGCCAAGGGUGCAUCCCUAUUAGGCGGAAGAAGCAAGGCCAGUCUGUGUCUAUGUGACUGCUCUUAUACUCUACUAUCUCUCGGCUGUCUGGUACACGUCGUUAUGCUACUCAGUCCGAUGAAGGCGUUCGACUACCACCGGUUCGAGUCCCGCACCAUUGUGCAGUCACCCUCUGCUGACGGGAGAAUGAGUCAUAGUGUGUCUCUACCCCACCUGAGACUGGUCGGCUCCAUCCCCCAGACAAUCUCCAUCCUGCUAUCCUCAAAAAUUUUGAGUGAAGUCGGCAAAUUCCGAAAGGUACUUCUUGGGAAAUCAGGAGACUCCAGCAUCCUCCCGAACCCAGUUAAGUCCCCUCAGUCGCAAUCAGACAACUCGAGAACAAACUCCUCCUCCCCCUCUCAGUCCCAGACUGCAUUCAGUGAUGGUGGGAGGCGCUACAUGGCCAACUACUUGUACAGGUGGGGUAUAGUGUCUCUGCUCUUAGUUAUUCCCUCCUGUCUAAUCAGCCAAUUUGCUUUUGUGUCCUCCCAAUACGGAAAAGGAGGAGACAAAGACAACAACAGCCAGAAGGUCCCACCCUCUCUCCUGUACAUACAAGGAGUCGUCGACUCUCUUCUCUUUCUGACACAACCCCUCUGUCUGUUGAUCACGUGGUUCUCAAUAGACACCAAGGCCAUGAAAGGCCAUACAUCAGCGUCAUCUUCGCAAAUCAAUAGACCACAUCUAGUCAAUGUGGCUGUCAUGGACCAUAAUCAACAGCCAUUGAUGAACUCGUGUGUGCAGCAACAACAUCAAAACGGCACUGUGGUUCAUAUUCCCCUCAUCGCCCGCCGCUCGACCCUCUCCCUGCCCCCGCUCAACCAAUUGACCUCCUCGUACCCCCUUCUCUCGUCCCCUCCCAAUUCCUCCCCCGGCAGCUCCAUACUAGAGACCACUUCCCCGCCCAUUACAGUUCCGAAUGCAAACGGCGUGAACAGUAUCAGUGGGAUAUCAGCAGAGCGCUUUCAGAGCCAAGUUUGAAAAAAGAAGCAAGAGAGCGGACUGAGAUGCUGAGAUGCAUUGAAAAAGGAAAAGAAAUUGUCUGAACAGAAAUUGUUUCCAAGAAAUAGAAUGUCUGACACGCUUAAAAAAAAACAGUUGACGGUCCGAGCAGCUAGUACAAAUAGACAGACAAAAAACACAAAAUGAUUAGAGAAAAGCAAUCUGGAGAGACUCACAAACUCUUUUUUAUGUUGUGAUAUGAUGGCUUUUUGCUAUGUAGCUUGAAAAUGUAUCAUAAAUUAGUUCAAUGUCGCCUUGUCACAUUAGCAUG